CGACCUUCUGUGGCAAAUAGCAGAAGCAGACGCGUGGUGACAGAUGACGACUGCACUUGAAAAGUCCUUCUGUGUUGCCGUUGCUCCACAGCACGGGCAUGGUGUUCUCGCGGCACUUUUACGCACUGACAUCUGCACUUAAGGCGAUCGCAUGGCCCCUCGUAAGUAUUUAAAAGAAACAAGCGCAAAAUUAUGUUGGUGAUUCAGAUUAACGCCGCCAGUAGUUGCUACGCGGAAAAAAAUCAAUUUUCGCCUGAACAGGUCCACGGAGAACCACCGAUAGGUCCAUGGGCUACAACAUUUUUCUAUCGGAAGAGAAGGAGAAGUGGCUUCUUGUACUUGGUGCACUACCAAAUAAACCGAGGAAAACCAUACGCGGAGCAGUAGUUGUCUUCAAGGUCGAGCAC